AUGUACCCGUCUUGGGGUCUGUAUGGCGCGGCACCCGGGUCCUACCCGCCGCCGCCCACCAUGAUGCCGCCACCAACUCUGCCGGCCGUGCUGCCUACCGCCAUGCCGCCACAGGUCCCGGUAGUGCCGCCGCCUGCCCUGGGAGGCUACGCGGCCACCUCGGCGACCCCCGCCGCUGCUGGCACGGCGGGCUUUCUGAGUUUGCAGGAACAGCACUUGGUCCAGCUGCAGCAGCUCCAGCAAAUGCACCAGAAGCAGUUGCAGUCGGUGCUGCUAGGGGGGCCUCCUCCCCCCGGCGCGCCUCCCCCGAGCAUGCCGCCCCCCCUGCCCAGCACCUCUGUCCCCCCUGCUUCCUGGCAGCCGCCGGUGCCCGCCGGACCGCCGCCCGCGCGCAGCUAUCAGAAGCAGUUUAAGCACCGGGACCCUCCAGCGCCGCCUCUGCCCCGGGAAACGCAGUUCCGCAACCCCCCGAUGCCGCCUCUGUCUCUGGCAGAGGAGGUAGCGGAGCCGUCCCAUUCUCCUGAAGAUUGGGAGCCCCUCGUCCCGUCGACCAGUCCCCAUCCUCACAUGGAUAUGGACAUGGACCUGUCCUCUCCGCCACAGUCUCCUUCCCAGGCUUACAUGCCUCCACUUGAGAGUGACUCCUACAUCCCCCCGCCUCAGCCUCUGCCGUCGCAGAGUCAGAACCCACCAUCACAAUCUUACCAGGCCCAUUCACAGUUGUCUCAGGCAAUUCCACAGACCUUUGCGGACCCGCUCCCUUCUGCUGUUUCUCAGCCUUAUCUGACCCAGGCCCAGCCUUACCAACCAACUUCCCAGUCCUCAUCCCAGUCGGUCCAGCCCAUUACUCCAUCAGUCUCACAGUCUGAAUCUCGCUUCACCUCAUCCCAGAUGUCACAGCCCACUCCUGAACCUCAAGACUUAAGACAAGGUAGUGGCCCAGGCAUAGAUAUGUGUGAGCGACAGCAGAACACCUCACAUGCAGAUCCCUCUGCAAUGACCCCCCAGGAACAGCAGCAGUAUUGGUAUCAACAGCAUCUGCUUACUCUUCAACAAAGGGCAAAAGCACAUGCAAUGGGACAGCAAAUGCCAUCAGUCCUAGGAGUUGUAAAUGAUGCUCCUGAGCCAAGGCAAGAAGAAAGAGAAAUGCCUGUUUCUGAUGAGUUUUCUCAGCCCACCUUGCAGUAUGAACCCAUAUUACCACAGCCCAAAGAUGAUGACCGUCCUUUGUCAUCUGUUGAGCCUAAGCUGACCAUCAAACCGCCGGAGGAUCCUGAAGAAAGUUUGAGAUUACAGCAGUUGCAGGCUGCUGCAACGCAAUGGCAGCAGCAUCCACAGCAGCGAGUGGGUUUCCAGUAUCAGAGAAUAAUGCAAAAGCACUCACAAUUGCAACAAAUGCUGCAGCGCUAUCAACAGAUCAUACAGCAGCCACCACAUUUGCCAACAAUGUCAGUGGAGAUGCAGCUACAGCAUUAUGAGACUCAGAAUAAACAAUUCCAGCCCCUUUACAAAGAGUGGGAACGUGAAUUUCAGCAAUGGCAGGAUCAAAUUCAGGCGUACCCUCACAAAGACCAGCUUCAUGAGUGUGAGAAACAGUGGAAGAUGUGGCAGGGACAGAUGAAAGCUACUCAUACCCACCUUCAGGAGAAAGUGAAGUCGCUUCGGAACAUGAACAGUCAAUAUACUGGGAAUGUCACUUUGCCACCUCCAUUUUCUUCAUAUUCUCAAACAACGCAAGGUGGCAUGCCCAUUGUGCCCUCAACUUUGCCCUCAGCUAUACCUCCCCCAGCAUCCACUGGAUUCUCUUCUGGCCCUCAAACAUCUGAAAUACCUGUUCCAAAAGAAUCAGGUCCACAGAGCACCCAGGCUACUGAAACAAGGCCAUCUAUGUUUCCUCCUCCUGGUUCUUUUAAAUUUAAAGUUACUGAGUCACUUCCCACUUCCCAGACCACAGAGAUGGCCAGGCCAGGUCUACUUCCUACCCCUUCUUCGGCUUCUUUUACAUACAAAGCAACUGAGUCUCCUGCCACUUCCCAGACCGUGGAGACAACCAGGCCAUCUAUGUUUCCUACUUCUGGUUCUUUUAUGUUCAAUGUCACUGAGCCACUUCCCACUUCCCAGACCACAGAGAUGGCCAGGCCAGGUCUGCUGCCUACCCCUACCUCUACAUCUUUCACGUUUAAAGCAACUGAGUCUCCUGCCACUUCCCAGACCAUGGAGACGACUAGGCCGGCUCUGCUUCCUACCCCUACUCAUUUUUCUUAUAAAAGUACUGAUUCAUCUGUCAGCUCCCAGGCCACUGAGACAAGACCAGCUCUGCUUCCUACUCCCUCUUCUGUUUCUUCCUUUUCAUUUAAAGUUCCUGAUUCAGCUGCUACCUCCCAGACCAUGGAGACAACCAGACCAGCUCUUCUUCCUACCCCUUCCCCUGCUUCUUUUUCUUAUAAAAAUACGGAUACAUCUGCCACAUUGCCUUACCACUCAAAUGUGACAUCAUCUGCUGGCUCUUCAGAUCAAGGCAGUUCUUAUGUUCCUUUGGGCAAACAGUCCAUGCCGUUUGGUUCUGUCUCUUCUGAAUUAACUUCUGCUGAAAUGAAACCCCAUUCUACAGUGUCCUCGUCAUCUGCAUCCUCCACCACUACCACCACUACUACUACCUAUCAGAACAGACCAGUUAGGCCAACUGGGUUUCCUGACACCCCCAGAGGACCAUACUAUGAGGGCCCAAGGGGGGCAAGGUUCGAUGGACCACGAGGAAGAGGCUUUGAAAGGUUUGAACCUCCAAGACCGAGAGGUCCUCACUUUCAGGGUCAACGUUUAGAAGGUUCGAGGCCAAGGCUUCAAAAUCAGCACAUGGAUGGAUCUUCAGGCAAACAGGGGACAAUUCCUCGGGGGCCAGCAGCAGCAUUUUAUACUCCCUCAGGUGCACCACAAAUGCAGACUUCCCAAGCAAGUGGACCACGGUGGCGGGGGCCUAGACCUCCUUUGGGACAACAGAACCAUCAAUCAGAAAGUAAAGAAUCUUUUACUGAUAUGGCCAGCGAUCAGACAGUGGUGAAUAAAUCUAAAUUUACAACAGAUACAAAACAUUCUGGCCCAGUUCAGUCGGAUAAGGGCCUUUCUAAAGCACAGCAAAAUAUAUCCCAAAAAGAAGGCAGAGAAGUAAUAUCAGAAGCAAAGAAACAGAGUUCCAUUGAGUCUGGGUUGCAAACAGAAGCAUCGAAAUCUACUCGUACUACAACCGGUCUUCACCAGCCACCAGUUUCUACUCUUCCUCCAAAACCAGGAGGGAAGAAAACAUUGCUACCACCACCAAUAAUAGGAAAUAAAGAUUUGAACUCUACAGAAAAUAAAUUGGCUUUGCCAGAAAAUAACCAGAGCAACGAACCAUCUAAACUGGAAAGCAGGGAGAGGGGGCAAAUUAAGCCAGGAGAUAAUCAGGCAAAGGGGCCAGUUAGCAGAGGCAGGGGCCAGGGUAGAAUGGAAGAUAGUAGAGGUAGGGGCCGAGGCCGACUGGAAGAUGGCAGAGGCAGGGGAAUUCCAAAUAGAGGUAGAGGUCAGACCAGAGAUGUAACUGGUAGAGAUGUGAGCGGUGGGCCAGGAGCCCAUGACAAAUUGUCAGAGGGCCACUCGGGCAACUGGGAAUCUGGCAUGGGUGGUCAAUCGGGCAGCCAGGAAAGAGCAUUGGGUAGACACUCAGGCAGCCAGGAGAGAGGGUUACCAGGUCCUCAGAUCGGCAGCAGAGAGAGAGGCCGUGCAGGUAGCCGGGAAAGAGGCACAGUCAGGCACCCCAACAGCCAGGAGAGGGGACUGGACCGACACGCUAGUAAUCGGGAGAGGGGCUCAGGUCGGCAAGCUAGUAGCCGAGAGAGGGGCCCAGAUCGGCGGGCUAGUAGCCAGGAGAGGGACCCAGGCAGGAGGCCUAGUAGUCAGGAGAGAGACCUAUACAGGCGUGAAUCAGGUCCUGGAGGCAGUAUUGAAAAUUUACCUCCAUUUCGUGAAGAAUCACUCAGGCCACCAUGGGCUUACGGAGAGGUAGGCCUAGAAGAGGGGCACCCAUUUGAAUACAGGGAUGCUCCUCCCCUAGAGCGCAGACGAUUGGAUGAUUGGGAAAGAGACAGAUACUGGUUUGAGCGUGAACAGCGAUAUCAUGAUGAGCCUUUUGAUCCAUAUGAGAGAGAAGACUUGUUACCGCACCGUCAUCCAUUGCCUCCCCUUUCACCUUUGCCCCCUCUACCUCCUUUACCUCCACUGUCGGCUGAUCUUGACAGACGAGAGCCAUUUUGGGAUGACUGGGAAAGGCCAGUCGGGAGAGAGAGGGAGAUGGACAGAGACCUGGACAGGAUCAGAAGACCUUUGGAUGUGUAUGAUCAUGAAUUUGAAAGAGACUGGGACAGAGAAUACAUAAGACCAUUGGGGGAUAGAGAUACGCUCAAUUGUGAUCUGGACAUACCUCCUCUCCCACCUUUGCCUCCUCUUCCUCCCCUUCCUCCUUUGGACAGGUAUCGUGACGAUCGAUGGCUGGAGGAGAGAGAAAGAGAUUUCUAUGACAGAGAUUGUAGAGAUAGAGGAGAACUCAGAAUUCGAGAGUAUCCAGAAAGAUGUAAUACAUGGAGGGAGCAGUCUGAUUUCCCACCUGAGAGGGGUGAUUGGGAGAGGGAAAGGUUUUCAGAUAGGUGGUAUCCAGAUGAAAUGGACAGAUUUCUGCCUUUGGAGGAUCAUAUGGAUCCACCACCUAUUCCACCACGUUCAUCUGAAUUGCUGGGAGAAGAGCCACACUUAGCCUCUGAGCAGUCUGUAGGGGGAGUAAUGGUCCUUAGUCAAAGGCAGCAUGAAAUUAUCUUGAAGGCUGCUCAAGAGCUAAAAAUGCUACGAGAACAGAAAGAACAUAUGCAGAAGAUGAAUGAAUUUGGUCCUGAGCCCCAAAUGGCUGAACGGCCACCACAUGAAAUGCCGAGAUCCCAAAGUACAAUUGCUAGGAAGGAUAACUUUCAGGCCUCUUCUGAAAUGCAGGCUGAGAUGUCGAUAGAUGAACAACCUAUUAAGCCUACUCCAGCUGUAAUUAUAAAGCCACCCAUCUUGUUUCGGAAGCCUACCCCAACAAACAAGCCAGCUGGUAUGGUAGCAAAGCCUUCUGCUUCGGUGAUGAGGCCGCCUGUUCCAGCUUCAAAGGCCCCUCACUCAGCAGCAAAGCUGCAGGGUCCGCCAUCACAGCAAAGUGGUCCAAUUCCCAUUUCAGCUGCUACUCAAGUCUCAACUCCUUUGGUAAAGCCAUCACCUGGCAUAAACCAAGAGCGUUGGGAUGAGGAUUCUUUCCAAGGACUUUGGGAUAGCAGUGAAGAUAAAGGGUUAAAAUCAGAAUACGACUUACUCUCGUCAGAUCCCUCAUUGCCUUCACCAACUUCCUUUGCGCCAGGUAUGGCACAGCUUUCCAAGCCACCAAUUAUUCAUCAGACUGUUGACUAUGGACACGGACACAGCCAUGGGCAAGAUAUAUCCACCAGUAAAGGUGGACAGAUUCCUUAUGGGGAGCGAAUACCACUACGUCCAGAAUUUCCUCAUGAGAGGCCGCCCUUUUCAAAAGAACAUCCAGGCCAAAGAGAUCGAUACAUCAAGGAGAGAGACUCUUACUUUGAGCGGCAAAAUAAUACCAAUGUAGAUCACAGAGAUUUCAGGAGAGAACGGGAGUCUUACAGGGACCGAAUUUCUGGAGACCAUGAACGGGAAAGAUUUGACAAAGAACGUUAUCCACGAGAAGACAGGCCAUCUCCUUCAAGAACUCAGUCUUACCGUGACAAAGACCAUUCAAACUCAAGAAGGGGAGGUUUUGAAAGGCAAUCAUAUGAGAGAAAGCCUGAUCGUCCUCCCUAUGAUCAUGGACCUUCCAUGUUUGGAGGUGACCGGAGAAAUUACCCUGAGGAUAGAAUGCCUAUUUCUGCUCCAUCAAUACCACGUCAACCACCACCUGCCCCACGUGUAGAGAGGAAACCAGAAUCUAAAAAUGUGGAUGAUAUACUGAAACCACCUGGACGGGAGAGUAGACCAGAGAGGAUUGUCAUCAUCAUGCGAGGCUUGCCGGGCAGUGGAAAGACUCAUGUUGCUAAGCUCAUCAGGGAUAAAGAAGUCGAAUGUGGAGGAGCUGCACCCAGAGUGCUCAGCCUGGAUGACUAUUUUAUCACUGAAAUAGAGAAAGAAGAGAGAGACCCAGAUACAAAGAAAAGAGUGAAAAAGAAGAUUUUGGAGUAUGAAUAUGAAGCUGAUAUGGAAGAGGUCUACCGUGCCAGCUUGUUCAAAACCUUCAAAAAGACUUUGGAUGAUGGCUUUUUCCCCUUCAUCAUCCUUGAUGCCAUAAAUGAUAGAGUACGCCACUUUGAGCAGUUCUGGAGUGCUGCAAAAACAAAAGGGUUUGAGGUCUACUUAGCUGAAAUAACUGCAGACAACCAGACUUGUUGCAAGAGAAAUGUCCAUGGACGCAAGCUCAAGGAAAUCAAUAAGAUGGCUGAUCAUUGGGAGACAGCACCCCGUCAUAUGAUACGUUUAGAUAUUCGCUCUCUGCUACAAGAUGCUGCUAUUGAAGAGGUGGAGAUGGAGGAUUUUGAUGCAAAUAUUGAAGACCAGAAAGAAGAAAACAAAAAAGAUGCAGAGGAAGAAGAGAGUGAAUUGGGUUACAUUCCGAAAAGCAAAUGGGAGAUGGAUACUUCUGAAGCAAAACUAGACAAAUUGGAUGGAUUGCGAACUGGUGCUAAGAGGAAACGUGACUGGGAGGCAAUUGCCAGCAGAAUGGAAGAUUAUCUUCAGCUUCCAGAUGAUUAUGAUACCCGUGCUUCUGAACCUGGAAAGAAGAGGGUGAGGUGGGCAGACCUUGAAGAAAAAAAGGAUGCAGACAGAAAAAGGGCCAUUGGUUUUGUUGUGGGACAGACAGAUUGGGAGAAAAUCACAGAUGAAAGUGGUCAUUUUGCUGAGAGAGCCCUCAAUCGCACCAAGUACAUCUAGUGCAGCUGUCAGAUGGAUUUUUUUUCUGCGUUUCAGGCCAAUUGCUUUGGUGUGAACUGAACACAGGGUGGCACGGAAUAUGUUAUUCCCCAUCUCGAGAGUUGUGGGAUUCUUUUCUUUUGAAACAUCUAUUUUAUUGUGUUCCUUGAAAUUUAAACUGGUGGUAUCCAGCAUCCCCAAGUUAUAUGGAGUCCUCUUGCAUCUAAAUGUGAAAGAAGUUUUUUGUUUUACAAUUGGUAGUCUUAGCUUUUAUGUGUGCAGUAGAAUGGAAAGAUAAGGCCAAGGACAUUUCCUCUGCUGUAUUGUCACAGAAUGUCAGCAUUACCCUUGCAUUGUUGCUUUGUGGCUGUUGUUAUUUUAUACUGUACAAACUUUGUAGUUUAUUGUACUAGAAAGCGGAACAAUAAACUUUCACUAUGAACCUAGUGAA